UUUCAUCAGCAUUACCUAAAACGUCAUAGAUCCUGUAAAACAUAUUUCGCAAAAAUGGACGUCCAGAGACUAUCGCCACAAGUAUCCACGUACCUGAUUGCCGAGAAAGCCAACGAAAAUGAUCCCAUGAGACGAUUCGAUUCAGACUCGAUUGCGAUGAUCCCCACGUCCCAACGUGAUUUCAAGAUGAUCUUCAUGAGUGCCUCCUAUUCAAAUAGAAACCCCUCGAACGAUUUCCGAACACAAAACGCAACAAUAGCCAGUGUCCAGUUGUCCUGCCGAACGCUUCAGACAGCCCGUGUGACAGCGUCCUUGAGGAAGGCUUUGAGUUCGAUGAAAAUUCACUCAUGGAAGACAGACUACGCGCUGAAGGAUGUUUCCUCAGUACCAAUUGACACUGCUGAUAAUAUGUUCGAGAAAGUUGAAUCUAAGCAAGUGGCGUGGUAUCAGGAGUUCAGCAGCGUUGGGCCCAUUUUGAACGACAAGGAUAUCUUUUUGUAUAAUAAAUUGUUAGCGAAAAUCAGAAUUGACGACAGUUUGAAUGAUAUGUUGGGACUGAUGUUACAUGGGGUUUCUUUAUUCUGUUACAACAUGCAAUACGGAACUACCGAUGAUCACAUGAAUCUAUGGAAUCGGAUUUCUCAAGCCAGGAGGUUUGCAUCACAUGUGAAGGAUAUCCCUUUCGUAUUCGCCCUAAUACCCGAGAUAAGCUACCGCGAACCAAUGACGGGAAAGCUGAAAAGAGGAAUAGGUUCAAUCGUCCUGACAACAGGGACAAAAGUUAUCGUAACGACUGAUCGAUCUUAUGCCAAACGUUGCUCUAAGAAGGUCAUCUACAUAAACUUCCGCCACCAACUAGCAAGCCUUCGACCACCCGAUACAAUCCAAAUCGGAGAAGUCAGCUUACGUGUACGGAAAGUCAUCAAAUUAUCCUUGGAGUGUGAUGUCCUUAUGGGCGGCAAAAUCCUACCGAAAACGGAAGUUCACCUUCCGGCCCAUGUGAGGCCUGAUUUAAGCCGACCGUCCCGUGAGGAGUUAGAGGAUCUAACAUUUUUGAUAGGGAAUGGGAUCAACUGCAUGAUUUUGCCAAUAGCCGGGAAUGAAUCCUACUUAGGCUCUAUUAAAACCGCCUUGCAUCUGUUUGAGUUUGAUGAAAUGCACAUCCUGGCGCGUGUACGAGAAAUGGAAUUAUUGGAAGAUGAGCACGCCAAGUGGAUUGCAGCCAACUAUGAAGGUGUUAUAUUGAUCACGGGAUCAUGCCCAUGCUCCGAAAUUCCACUCCAUGAGAAGGUGAAGAACUUCAUGAAAGUGAUGUAUGACAUGCAGAAGCCAAUUAUCCUGCAGUGCAUUCAUAAUAAGAGCUGCAGUAAAGGGGUCCAAUUCGAUUGCAGGAAUCUAGAUUUUGACUAUUUUUUCUAUUAUCCAGAUGGGUAUUACCUUUCGGACUGUGAAAGCACUCCGCAUCUUCAACUAGUUCAGCGAUCAGUUCAAAGCGAUACCAUCAAGAUAAUCGAGGACAUAGCACAACAAAAGCUAAGUGAGCCCUUUGUCGACAAAUCCUUCAGCGGAAGUGACAGCAUGGCCCGAGUUAUAGCCAAGGCUUCCUACGAAUUCAAUGCAAAAGCCAUCCUGAUCUGUUCAUCCACUGGACGAAUGGCUAUGAAAGUCUCCCACUUCCGACCUAAAUGUCCGAUUAUAGUACUUACGAAGAAUCAACGAGUAACUCGAUAUUUGAAGGUUUUCUACAAUAUAAGGAUCGCCUUCUACGUAGAAAUGGCCGAAGCGAAAAAUUUGAGCCGUUCGGACCUUUUGGUGGCUCGAUUGCUUCACGGACUUGUACACGGAUUAUCGUUGCACAUUUUCGAACAUGAUGACGUUAUUAUUUUUUGCUAUAAGGACCCUGCUGAUGUUGCCUUUGCAAAUGUAAUGAUCCCGUUUCAAGUAGAUGCUAAAACGGUUCGGGGACAUUUUGAAUCUCUUGAGGCGAAAACGAAGUAGUGUUUGAAUUUGUCGUGGAGUAUUUUUGAAAUUUGUUAUUUGUCCAAUAAAUGAUGAUGUAGCAGAA